AUGGACACCAAAGCAAGCUGCGAGUCGCGUGUGUCGGCGGUGACGUCGUCUUUGGCCACCCUGGCCGGCAUAUGCCCAACGAACGUGCGCGGCGGCGGCGGGCACUUCCGAUCAGACAUGGAUGGAGCUGUGCCGGCGAUGGGGCGCUCCGGCGAAUGCAUCGCGUACAUCACGCGCUCCCUAGAGCACGGAUGCCGGCUUGCUCGACUGGCUGCGCUGGUGGCAAGUGCAGGCGACCGCAUGGUUUACGUUCUCCAUGGUCGCAAUCAUACACCGACUGGCGAGGCGGUGGCCAAAUUGCGGCCGCAAAAAAAUGUGCGCCUCGUCAGGCAGCCGCUAGUCGUGCCCAGCUCGCCAUGGGGCCUGUUUGGCGGAAAAUUCGUGGGCUACUCGAAGGCUGCCUUUGUUUUGUGGCUACUGCGCAGCCACACGUCCUGCCAUCGGGCCUGGCAGAUUGAGGACGAUGUCUUCUUCACUGGCCCGUGGAGCGCGCUGUUCAACGCUUACUCGGCCGAUGAGUCGCACAUCAUCGCCAGCACCAUUCACCACCCCAGCACCUCCUACUUUGCCCACGAGCGCACGUGCUUUCUAAACAUCACGACACGAUGCCGCUCGGCCGAAGACAGGUCUCUCACCGCGGUCGUCUGGCCACUCUUACGCAUGUCGCACGCUGUCGCCAGCGAGAUUGCUCGAGCGCUAACCACGCAGCGCGCGAAGGGCUUCCAUGAGGCCCUACUCGCACCCCUCUGCGAGCGCGCCGCUUGGUGCUCCCUCUCGCACUUGCGGCCCGAGCACCUGGGCAGCAUGGUUGCAGGCCACUCGUCGGCGAGCAAGCGCAAGCAGGCCACUCCGUUCGCGAGUCCAGUGCUGGCGAGACGCGCUUACCAUCCCGCAAAGUGCGAGGCAGACCCCGGGCUCGGCGAGCUCGCUCGAACAUGGUUGCAGCAGAAUAGCACUUAG